AACACAACCCAGGGUUUCCCUUCAGCCAUUCGACAAUCUUUUGAUGACGUUUACGGAAGUUAAAGCGCCUCUGAUGUGGACAAAAUGAUCGGGGAUCUCUUGAUAUUCGGGACGUUACUCAUGAAUGCUGGUGCUGUGUUAAACUUCAAACUAAAGAGAAAGGAGUCACAUGGAGGAUUUGGAGAUGAACCUCGUGGACCAACUACAGGUGACAACAUCAGGGAGUUCCUCCUGAGUCUACGAUACUUCCGGAUCUUCAUUGCCUUAUGGAACAUCUUCAUGAUGUUUUGCAUGAUUCUAUUGUUUGGAUCGUGAUCAACUUUGUUGUUGGAUUGGGGACCCCUGCAACAUCAAAAAAACACACUAAAUAUUCAAUCUUUUUCGAGUUGAGAUUCUUUGAUGGGUUGCUCAUGUCAGAUCCUGCGACCCACGACCAUUCUUUGCAGUUACCUUGUAUGUAUUUAUAUAUCUCAAUGUCUUGCCUGUACUUUUCAGUAAGAAGAUUAUUCUGCACAAUAUAACACUUAUUCCUACAUGUAGAGAUUUGGACCUCCUUGUUUAUUCAACUUCGAAUAUACGAAACAUUGGAGUCUUGGCUGUUUUCUUCAUACUUUUCAGUUCCUUUCAGGCUUUUACUAUCUUAUUUGAGUUGCUGACCUGUGUUUUAUGGUCCUCAUUUUCUUCUAAAACUUGUGAAUACAAUGAGAAAAUAUGUAAAUCCACAACCAUUUUAGACGUUUGAUGUUUGUCGUACAUAGGCCUUCUGAUGUUACCAGCAGUAAGACUUCAUUUCAUCAUUGCUUUGUUGCAUACUUUUGACUAUAAUCUAGUUCUGUAUAAUAAACCUUUACUCUGAAAUGCA